GGGAAGUUGGGGUUGGGCUGAGGGAAUCGAGAUGACAGUUUGCUGAGAAACACUGACCUCAGAGGAUCCAGCUGCUCGUGCUCCUGUCUCCAAGAAUCCCAUUCACAGAACAACAUGAACUUCCCAUUUCAGGGAGAACAGCCAUGGAGGACCAAUUCCAGGGAGAGCUGUCAUUGCUGGGGCACUGGGGAAGUUUCAGGGGGUGUCCAUAUUGCUGACUGGGUGCAGUUACUCCAGGAUAUAAAGCAGGAGGUGACAGCUCCCUCAUCAGCCACACUCCCUCUUCAACACUGAACACUCCCAAGGUGAGCCGGGCCAGGAUGAGGACAGCACUGUGUGUAGCUGCCGUUGUGGUAGGAGCACUGGCAAUCUGCUUGAUCCAGGAUGGUGUGGCUGCAGCUCCAGCUGGCUCUGUGACUGUCGAUUGCUGUGAGAACUUUAAGACCACUCGCAUUCCUCAUAAACGGCUCGUAAGCUUCACCAGGACAGUUGGCUGCUCCACCCCCUCCAUCAUCUUCACAAAUAGGAGGAAGAUGAGAAUUUGUACGAGAGCGAGUGAGAAAUGGGUUCAAGAUGCAGUGGCAUUUCUGGAGAAGAAACUGGGGAUUGGAAGAGAAGAACCCUUUGAAAGCACAAUCUUUCAAUCCACUGGAAACACAUGGAGUGUUGGACUGACUGGUGUUACACUGGGGGACAGGCAGAAUGGAGAAGGUGGAUCCACAAACUGAUUCCCUGAUCACUUGCAAUAUUCCAGUUGCUGUGCUCAUUAACAUGAAAGACUGUGGGCAGUAAUUAAUUAACGUUCCCCAUGUGUACUCCAAUCGUCAAAAUGAGUGAAGACCAUUCAUGGAAUAGUGGAAAUGUGACUGAAUAACAAUCAGACAGACUGAGGGAACAGUAGGUCUGACACUGGACAAGAAUCCAGCAACUGUCCAGCUGAUCCCAGGAUCUUCCCAGAGACUGGAGUGCAGCACAGACAUUCAGUCCCCACCCUUAUUGGAGUGUAUUUGACUAUCCCCUUCAACCACACUGGGCCAAGGGGUAGAUGGGCACAACUACAACCCCACUCUCUCCCCACUGGGGGUGGGAUGUGAGGGACCCCUUUGAGGGGUGGGGGUCAGCGUCUGGGGUUGGGGAGGUAGAUCAGAGUGUGGGCCAGCCUCUUGGCAUCUGUCGCACUCCCUGAAGGGCCCACUCUAACUCCAUUGGUAUCCUCGGAAUGGUUGUGAUUUUUUUUUCCCUUUCUCCUCCCUCAUCGCCUCACUGAAUCCCAGCUCCUGACCUUUAUCCAUUGAGUUAAACAAUCACACAACGCCAGAUCAUAGUCUAAAAGAUUUAUUUGGAAAUACCAGCUUUCGGAGCGGUGCUCCUUCAUCAGGACAAUGAAAUAAAGGUUGUUUCUGAAGAAAGUUUCCCUCUGCUUUACCUGUCUCUGAGCAAAUUCAUUCUUCACCUUUCAGUUUUCUGCACAGGAGUAACCGCUUUGCAUUUCUUGCCAUUUUUCACCUUCACUUGCCAUUGGUCACUUUCCAUUCUGAGAGUAAAACACUGUCAGGUGAUUGGCUGAGAAUUAGGAGGGAGAGUCAGAUGGGAGUUAAACUGUGCUACAAAGCACAUGUGGAAGCUCUCUGGUAAGGUAUGAGCAGAACCACGAACAUCAUUCCCUCAUAUAGGACACAGAACAGUACAGCAUAGGA